AGUGUAUCUCCCUCUCUGUAAAGUGUGUUCGCGCGUUGUGUGCACGGUCCCUGCCAAGUCUGGGAGUUUGCAGACUGUCCCUGACUCGGCCCGUUUCCACAACCCUGCAGCUUUGGCGGCCGCGGCUCGCGGGCUCUGGUUCCAUUCCCAGGUAGCUCGCGAGGCAGGCUCAGCGGUCUCUGCUGCUGCUGCAGCCUGCAGGCGGUGUGACCUGCUCGCCCAACCCCGCAUCCCUGCACACUGGCUCAUAUAAGGGACGACGGGUGAACAGCUCCUCCAGGGGCAGCUGCUGCUGCUACUGAGAAGGGAGGCAGCCUGAGAGGUGCUAAAAUGCAGUGAGUGACCAGAGAGGUAGAAGAGGAGGAGUAAUUAACACAGCUGGCCAAUCCAGAAACAGAGCAUGUCCACAGCACCUGAAGGACUGAGAGUUUGUUGUAUAUUAAACAAGUCUCUCUGUUUAGUCGCUGCUAAGAGCUCAGCAGGAUGGAACUGAAAGAAGGAAACCGGCUGACACAGGAGCCUGAGUGAGACUGACUGUCCUUUUUGAGCCCAACACCAUGGAUCUGCAUCUCCCUUUGGUGCUUUAAGAUCCAACCCAAGGAAAGAAGCAGCUCCUUGGGAGCCAUGGCUUUCUUUGCUCCAUGGAAGUUAUCCUCUCAGAAACUAGGCUUUUUCCUGGUGACUUUUGGCUUCAUUUGGGGUAUGAUGCUUCUGCAUUUUACCAUCCAGCAACGAACUCAACAUGAAAGCAGCUCAAUGCUUCGUGAACAAAUAUUGGACCUCAGCAAAAGGUAUAUCAAAGCUCUUGCAGAAGAAAAUAGGAACGUGGUGGAUGGACCCUAUGUUGGUGUGAUGACAGCCUAUGACUUGAAGAAAACGCUUGCUGUCUUAUUGGACAAUAUUUUACAACGUAUUGGCAAGUUGGAAUCGAAGGUGGACAAUCUUGUAAUCAAUGGCACCGGAGCAAAUUCAACUAAUACCACCACAACGGCUGUUCCCAGCAGCAUAGCAGCAUUUGAAAAAAUUAGUGUAGCAGAUAUCAUUAAUGGAGCUCAAGAAAAAUGUGAAUUGCCUCCUAUGGAUGGCUUCCCACACUGCGAAGGGAAAAUCAAGUGGAUGAAAGAUAUGUGGAGAACAGAUCCCUGCUACGCAAAUUAUGGUGUGGAUGGAUCCACGUGCUCUUUUUUUAUUUACCUCAGUGAGGUUGAAAAUUGGUGUCCUCAUUUACCUUGGAGAGCAAAAAAUCCCUAUGAAGAACCAGAUCAGAAUUCAAUGGCUGAAAUUCGUACGGAUUUUAAUCUACUCUAUGGAAUGAUGAAACGGCAUGAAGAAUUCCGAUGGAUGAUACUAAGGAUCAGACGAAUGGCUGGUGCAUGGAUUGAAGCAAUUAAAUCAUUGGCAGAAAAGCAAAACCUUGAAAAGAGAAAAAGGAAAAAAAUUCUCGUUCACCUGGGACUCCUGACCAAGGAAUCUGGCUUCAAGAUUGCAGAGAAUGCAUUUAGUGGAGGCCCACUUGGUGAAUUAGUUCAGUGGAGUGAUUUAAUUACAUCUCUCUACUUACUGGGCCAUGACAUUAGGAUUUCAGCUUCACUGGCUGAGCUCAAGGAGAUAAUGAAGAGGGUUGUAGGUAAUAGAUCUGGCUGCCCAACUGUAGGUGAUAGGAUUGUGGAACUCAUUUAUAUUGAUAUCGUGGGACUUGCUCAAUUUAAGAAAACUCUUGGCCCUUCCUGGGUUCAUUACCAGUGCAUGCUCCGAGUACUGGAUUCAUUUGGAACUGAACCAGAAUUUAAUCAUGCUAAUUAUGCCCAGUCUAAAGGUCACAAGACCCCAUGGGGAAAAUGGAACCUUAAUCCUCAACAAUUUUAUACAAUGUUCCCCCACACACCAGACAAUAGCUUUCUGGGAUUUGUGGUAGAACAGCACCUGAAUUCAAGUGAUAUCAAGCACAUUAAUGAAAUCAAAAGGCAAAAUCAGUCCCUUGUGUAUGGCAAAGUUGAUAGCUUCUGGAAGAAUAAGAAGGAGUACUUGGACAUCAUUCACACAUACAUGGAAGUACAUGCGACUGUCUAUGGAUCUAGCACUAACCACAUGCCCAGCUACGUGAAGAAUCACGGAAUCCUCAGUGGACGAGAUUUACAAUUUCUUCUCAGAGAAACCAAGUUGUUUGUCGGACUGGGGUUCCCAUAUGAGGGUCCAGCUCCCCUUGAGGCUAUCGCUAACGGAUGUGCAUUCCUGAAUGUCAAAUUUAACCCACCAAAAAGCAGCAAAAACACGGACUUUUUUAUAGGCAAACCAACCCUGAGAGAGCUAACUUCUCAGCAUCCUUAUGCUGAAGUUUUCAUUGGGCGACCACAUGUCUGGACUGUGAACCCAACUGAUCAUCGUGAAGUAGAGAAUGCAGUGAAAGCAAUUUUAAAUCAAAAGAUUGAACCUUACAUGCCAUAUGAGUUCACAUGUGAAGGGAUGUUGCAAAGGAUGAAUGCAUUUAUUGAGAAACAGGAUUUCUGUCAUGGGCAAGUUAUGUGGCCACCACUUAGUGCUCUGCAGGUGAAACUCUCUGAACCUGGGAAAUCAUGCAAACAAGUCUGCCAAGAAAACCAACUCAUCUGUGAGCCUUCCUUCUUCCAACACCUCAACAAGGACAAGGACGUGCUGAAGUAUGAGGUGGUAUGCCACACCACAGAACUGGCCAAUGACAUCCUGGUGCCCUCGUAUGACGACAAGAAAAAACAUUGUGUGUUUCAAGGUGAUCUUUUGCUGUUCAGCUGCGCAGGAGCCCACCCCAAGCACAGGAGAAUAUGCCCUUGCAGGGAUUAUAUCAAGGGCCAAGUAGCUCUCUGUCAAGACUGCCUAUAGCAGCAGAAGUCCCAGGCCCCAACUCAUUCAACUGGGAAGGAACCUAGCUGGGGGCAGGGAGGGAUAGGGUGGUCCAAGGACUGCCCCAACUGCCAGGACUCUUUGGUCUUUUAGUUUAGAUGUUGGUUUUGCUACAGGUGGAGUGAGUUAAAACAACAAAAUGGAGUUCUAAAUGGCAACAAAACAGAGGGAGAGAGACAGUGCAGUGGACUGACUUCCUCAUGGUCGGGAUUUUUAAAAAAAUCUUCAUUGAGCAACUGUGGUGGGACUCUUCCAAAACCAUCUAGCUGCUCAUGGGUAAAAAUAAAUGAAGUUCCAUGCUUCAUUUAAAAAAAAGUUGAGACGAUCAUGAAGACUCUUGUGUGGGAAAAAUUCCUAA